GGAGAGGAUCCAAAUCCCCAAAAGCAUAUUAUCGUUCACGAAAUACAAAUUACAAUGACCAUUAUAACAGCCAAACUGGUUUCGGUCUACCGGAACGACUCUCUAAUCACUCAACCGUCCCACACACAGAAGACAAAACUUGUAUUUUCAAUCGCCUUUAAAAUUCGUCACGGUAAAGUUUUUCCCGGAAAAUCUUCACACGAUUCCCGAGAAAAUACCCAAAACCAAUCACACGGCUCGCUCGACCAAGCCAUCCAUCUGCACGGUGUUCAUCGGCUGAGACCCCGAGCGACGUUCCUCCGGCUAAUAGACGCUCGGUCCUUCCUGUGGAAGAGGAAGGGUGAGGUGCUGCAGACUCGGUCUUCGAAGGUUGUGGAAGGCGUAGCUGAGUUUGUGGAAGGGAGUGAAAAACUCGGACUUCGCCUCCCGCCUCUGAACCGGUUUGCAACACAUGGGGAUCAUCACCGAUUCACGGAACAAGAAGAAAUCUUCUUCUUCUUCCACUUCUCCCUGUGCAAAACUCAGAGACGCCUACCACAAUUGCUUCACCAGGUGGUACUCGGAGAAGUUUGUGAAGGGCCAAUGGGACAAGGAGGAUUGCGUUUCAGAGUGGCAGAAAUACAAGGCCUGCCUCGCCGAACAUUUGGAAGAUAAGCAGCUGAGUCGCUUCUUAGAGGCUGAAGGCAAUGUGAACUCCACCACCACUGACGGUGGCUAACGAAAACCGGCAGCGGCGGAGACAGUAAUGCCGGUCUUGGUUAGGAGUCUUUUUGUUAGUCUAAGAAUGAAUUAGAG